CCUCCUCCCUUAAUUUGUGAUAAUUAACACUGGCCUCUUAACUGCAGGACACCCACCACAACUUCAUCAAUAAACAUGGAGGCUAUCACCCCUGAUCUUGAGCAUGCUAUUUCUCCACGUAUUCCCUUGCUGCAUCCUCCUUCCCAAGAGGGGGACAGUGGUCGAAGACCAUUAAAGGGUACCAUUGUGAUCAUUGGUUCCAUCGUUUCUCUAAUGUCAUUGGUUGCAUUGUUCAUAAACCUGAGCCAUGAGCCCUUAGGAAAGCAGCAUAACAAUCUGAAGCCUUUCAUCUCCGUGCAAUUACUGCCUAGAGGUGUUGCUGAGGGAGUUUCAGCCAAGUCAAAUCCAUCUCUUUCCCAUAAAGUUUCAUAUAAUUGGACAAAUGCUAUGUUAUCUUGGCAAAGAACAUCUUUCCAUUUUCAACCUGAAAAGAAUUGGAUGAAUGAUCCUAAUGGUCCUUUGUUUCACAUGGGAUGGUACCAUCUAUUUUAUCAAUACAAUCCUGAUUCAGCUGUGUGGGGCAACAUAACAUGGGGUCAUGCUGUAUCAAGGGACUUGAUUCACUGGCUCUACCUCCCUAUAGCGUUGGUUCCAAGUAGUUGGUAUGAUAUCAACGGUGUAUGGUCAGGGUCCGCAACCCUUCUGCCAGAUGGCAAAAUCGUGAUGCUCUACACGGGUUAUACUGAUCAGCACGUGCAAGUCCAAAAUCUUGCAUAUCCCGCCAACCUAUCUGAUCCCCUCCUCCUUGAUUGGGUCAAAUAUACUGAUAACCCGGUGUUAGUGCCUCCACCAGGCAUUGGUUCAAAGGAUUUUCGUGACCCAACAACUGCGUGGAUUGGGCCAGACGAGAAAUGGAGGGUCACUGUUGGCUCAAAGGUCAACAAGACAGGCCUUUCGUUGGUUUAUACAACCAAAGAUUUCAUCCACUUUGGGCUCAAUGAUCACUAUUUGCAUACGGUCCCGGGUACGGGUAUGUGGGAGUGUGUGGACUUUUACCCGGUUUCGAUAAAUGGGUCUCAAGGUUUGGAUACAUCUGCAAAUGGCCCAGCAGUGAAACAUGUGUUAAAGGCUAGUAUGGAUGACACAAAGGUGGAUCAUUAUGCAAUUGGGACAUACUUCAUUGAAAAUGAUACAUGGGUGCCCGAUAACCCGAAUGAGGAUGUGGGUAUCGGGUUGAAGUUGGACUAUGGGAGAUACUAUGCGUCAAAGACAUUUUAUGACCAACACAAACAGAGAAGGGUCCUGUGGGGUUGGAUUAAUGAAUCAGAUACUGAAAACGCUGACUUGAAAAAGGGUUGGGCAUCUCUUCAGACAAUUCCAAGAACAGUGGUGUUUGACAAGAAGACUGGAACUAAUUUGCUUCAAUGGCCAGUAGAAGAAGUAGAGAGCUUAAGACUAAGCAGUGCUGAAUUUGAAGGAGUUGUGGUUAAACCUGGCUCAGUUGUGCCACUGGACAUAGACUCGGCAACACAGUUGGACAUAUUUGCUGAAUUUGAAAUCGAGUUGUUGACAUCCGAAGGGAUUGGCAAUGACAAUGCAGGGUGUGGAGGUGGAGCUGUUGACAGAAGUGCUUUGGGACCAUUUGGCAUUCUGGCUAUUGCAGAUGACAAACUUUCUGAACUAACACCAAUUUAUUUCCGUCUUUCUAGUACUAGCAAUGGCAGUUCAACCACUUCCUUCUGUGUUGAUGAAACUAGGUCAUCAAAGGCUCCUGAUGUUUCAAAGCUCGUUUAUGGAAGCAAAGUUGCAGUUCUCAGUGAUGAAAAACUAUCAGCGAGGGUAUUGGUUGACCAUUCAAUCAUUGAGAGCUUUGGUCAGGGAGGGAGAACUGUGAUCACAUCCAGAGUUUAUCCAACAGAAGCAAUAUAUGGAGCUGCAAGAUUAUUUCUGUUCAACAAUGCAACGGGCUUAAACAUCAAGGCCUCCCUCAAGAUUUGGCAAUUGAACUCCGCUUUUAUACGCCCUUUUCCCUUUGACCAGAGUCAAUGAAAAGUGAAAGCUAUUG